GCGACCGGCUUGAUGACGCCGCCGCUGCCGAGGCUGGCAUGGCACAGUCACGGGGCACGCACGCGCGCUCCUACUAUUUGUGCGCGUGCCAGUCUGCCUGCCUACUCGCCGCUACAGUGGUAGGACAAGUAGGCGGGGGAAAGGCAAAGCGUAGACUCGAGUCUCGACCGCUCCCGGCCGCCGACCACAAAUGCCUCACGACGCCGCGCGCGGGCGCGCUUCGACUCCCGCCGCCGAUCCCUUGCUCGCCGCCGCCGUGGUCCUGCUAGCUGCCUUCGUGCCGCCGCUCGUCGCGGCGGGCGGCGCCGCGCCGACGACGAUGACGACGGUGCCGGUCGGCGUCGGGGUGAUGCUGGACCUGGCUACCGGGCUGGGGAAGAAGAGCCUGCUCAGCCUGGAGAUGGCGCGGGAGGACUUCUACGUCGCGCAUCCCAACUUCACCACCCGGGUGAGGCUCCACGUCAGGGACUCCGACCGCGACGUCGUCGCCGCCGCCUCCGCAGCAUUAGAUCUCAUCCGUGAUGAAAAGGUCAACGUCAUCAUUGGUCCUCAGAGCGCUUUACAAGCUGAGUUUGUUACAUAUCUAGCGAACAAGACUAAAGUUCCUGUCAUCAGUUUCUCAGCAACAGGUGAUGCAGCCAUCCAGUAUCACCUCCCCUACUUCCUUCGUGCUUGUGCCAAGGACUCCUUCCAGGCAACUGCAAUUGCUGCCUUUGUUGAGGAGUAUGGAUGGAAAAAUGUUGUUGUUGUCUACGAGGACGACAACUAUGGUGCAGGGAUCCUCCCCUCCAUUACUGAUGCUCUUCAAGAUGUUGAGGCACAUAUCAUUUACCGGUCUGCCAUCCCUGCUUCCUCUCCUGAUCAUCACAUUGAUGAGGAACUAUACAAGCUCAUGACUAUGCAGACUCGUGUCUUCAUUGUUCAUAUGUUGCCAGGCCCUGCUUCCCAUUUCUUUGCUCGGGCUUCAGCAGCUGGUAUGAUGAUUGAAGGGUAUGUAUGGAUUGUCACAGACAAUGUCGGUAUUGUCCUUGAUGUACUUCCCCAACAUACUAUUGAAAACAUGCAAGGUGUUGUCGGACUCCGGCCAUACGUUGCAAAUUCUGCAAGGAUAAUUGAUUUCGUGAGCCGAUUCGAUACACGAUUCAGGGCCAAGUACCAUGAGCCUCAUGAUGUAAGGAUGGCAAGACCCACUGUAUUCCAGUUCUGGGCGUAUGAUGUGGCAUGGGCAGUUGCAACUGCAGUUGAGAAGGUUAAGAGGGUCGGAUUCUCAAAUAUAGGCUUUCAGACACCACAAGAUGUGGGCAAACACUUAGUAAAUGGUCUCCUAGCCUCUCUUGCUGGGCCAGAAAUCCUUAGUUCUAUUUUGGAAGCAGACUUUGAUGGUUUAGCUGGGAGAUUCAGGUUUGUUGAUAGGCAUAUGCAUAUUCCCAUUUAUGAGGUUGUCAAUGUGAUAGGAGAAAAAGCAAGAGGCCUUGGGUUUUGGAGUCCUGAUUCUGGACUCAUGAGACUUUUAAACUCAAGCACUACCCAGGAGCAGGCUAAAUCCAUGGUAACUGCUAGCAAGAUUCUAAAACCCAUCAUUUGGCCGGGAGAUUCAACCACAGUGCCCAAAGGUUGGGACUUUCCUGUUAAUGCAAAGAUACUUAGGAUUGGUGUACCGGUAAGACAUGAGUUUAAAUUUUUUGUUAAUGUUGAGGCUAAUCAUAACACCAACGGAUCACGGGUUAGUGGCUACAGCAUUGAUAUCUUUGAGGCCGCUGUAAAUAAACUUCCAUAUGCUCUGCGCUAUAAGUACAUUCCCUAUGAUUGCGCCAAUUCUUAUGACCAGUUGAUAUCCCAGGUGUACUACAAGAAGUUUGAUGCAGCAGUAGGUGACGUGACAAUUAUCGCCAAUCGAUCUAGAUAUGUGGACUUCACGAUGCCAUACACAGAGUCUGGUGUCUCAAUGCUUGUCUUAGCAAAGAAUGAUGAUGAAACAACAAUGUGGAUUUUUUUAGAGCCUCUAACAAAAGACCUCUGGAUUGCCACUGUUGUCUUCAUCUUCUUCACUGGUCUUGUCGUGUGGAUGAUUGAAAAUCCUAAAAAUAAGAAAUUCCAAGGUUCAAAGUGGAAACAGUUCAGCACUGCUUUCUACUUCGCUUUCUCCACUUUGACCUUUUCUCAUGAUCAAAUUAUCAAGAAACUUCAUUCAAAAGUUGUGGUGGUGAUUUGGUGCUUCGUCGUGCUUGUGUUAGUACAGAGCUAUACUGCAAGCUUGUCAUCCUUGCUGACGGCACAGAGGCUCCAACCUUCAGUGACUGAUCCAAGGCAACUUUUGCGCAAUGGAGAUUAUAUCGGAUACCAGAAUGGAUCAUUUGUGCACGCAAUUCUUAGGAGACUCCAGUUUGAUGAGCGCAAAAUAAAGGUUUUAAGCACAUUGGAGGAAUAUGCAAAAGCAUUGAAGGCUGGAUCAAAGAAUGGAGGGGUAUCAGCUAUCUUUGAUGAGAACCCUUAUCUAAAUUCUUUCAUUGCGCAGUACGGAAAAGAGUUCCAAAUAGUUGGCCCCAUCGACAGGACUGAUGGAUUUGGUUUUGUUUUCCCUAGAGGCUCCCCGUUGGUGCCAGACCUUUCAAAGGCCAUCUUGAACAUAACAGAGGGGUGUGAAGGAUUUCAGAUUCAAAAGAAAUGGUUUGGCGAUGCAACUCCUUCCCCUGAUUAUGGGAGUUCGGAUACUAAUUCCGUACGUCUCAGUUUAAGGAGCUUCAAAGGUCUCUUCAUUGUCAAUGGAUUUGCUCUGUGCGUCAUGCUGGUGAUAAACUUGCCUGAAUUCGUUCGUGCCAAUUGCACUGAGCUGAGAAACCUUAGUCUACAACGUGCUCAAAGCAGUGGAGAAAUUGCUAGUGACAAUGAACCACAACAGUUGCAGAACAAUAACUCUGCGCCUAUGGAGCCGCUCCAGAUGAGGGAGACCAACUAGGAUGUUCUUGUUAGGUUGCUUCGUGUAGGUUUUACCCUUCAGGCUUGAGCUGGAAGAAAAUCUCAUAUGUAGUGGUAGUUUAUGGGAGUAUGGAAUUUUUUUUGAGACGUGAUGUUUUUUUUUACUUAAAUUGUGAGCUCUGCUGAAACUCCUCUGCGAUCAUCUUUGCAGCACUUGCUUGUUCAGUUGACCCUA